CGCACGCAAGAACGCGCUCUCCUCGCGAUUGGACAGGGCGCGAACACCCCGAGGACGCGCGCGAUCCCCGAGGACACGGGGGUGACAGCCUCGCCGUCGCCGGGGCGGCCGUUUCGAGCUCCGUCCCGCCUCGGCCCGGCUCAGAUUUGGUGGGAUCCGGCCAAGAAAUCCCGCAGUUGGUGAGGAGGAGAGGAGGGGAGAGGAAGGGAGGGCGGAGGGGAUGGGCGUCGGUGCGGAGCCCAAGGAUCAGGCGGCGACGGCCGCUGGGGUGCCGGCAGAGCAGGACGAGGCGGGCGGGAAGGAGGACAAGGCCGCCGCGGUGUCCUGCUCGAUCUGCCUCGACGCGGUGCUCGCUGCGUCCGGGGAGAGGUCCACCGCCAGGCUGCACUGCGGCCACGAGUUCCACCUAGAUUGCAUUGGAUCAGCAUUUAAUGCCAAAGGGGUUAUGCAAUGCCCCAACUGCCGCAAAAUCGAGAAAGGGAAUUGGCUUUAUGCAAAUGGUUCUCGAUCUGCCCAUGAUGUUAGCAUGGAUGAAUGGGCCCAUGAUGAAGACCUUUAUGAUGUUAGCUACUCAGAUAUGCCAUUUCGCUUCCAUUGGUGUCCGUUUGGGCGCUUAACCCAACUUCCAUCUUUAUUUGAGGAAGGAGAAUCAUCACCUCCAGUUACAUUUCAUGACUUCAUGGGACAACAUGUGUUUACGGAGCAAGUAGCUGUAUCUGCUGCAGCAGGGACAACUAAUCCUUGCCCCUAUGUGGCAUACUUGCAUCCUCUUACACCAUUGACGUCAUUGUCAAGCUCCCAUGUCCCUGACAGAACUAUGGAUCGUCCUGCAUACCAUGAUCAUUGGAACCCCAUGGCUGGGCCAUCAGAUGUUAGGUCCAUGCAAACAAUGCAACCUGCUGAUUUUCAUCAUAGCCAUUGGGCACAUGUGCCCCAUUCUUAUGGUCAACCCAACAGCAAUAACGAGCAGCCAGGAAUCCCUUUUGGAGCAAGGGCUGUACGGGUCGAUGGUGAUAGCCAACGCCGAGCAUCUGUUGUCUCUCCAUCUUACUUCAGUAAUGGAUCUGGUUCCAGAUCUAGACCUCCCAAUGUUCCUCCUCUGAUGCCUCAGUUCAUGAGGGCUCAUGGCAGCAUCAGCGAACAGUACCAACAGAAUUCAUCAUCUAGCUUAUUUGCUGGGGCCCAUAGGUCAGGAGGCAUGCGACCUGCCCCAACACCUCUACCAGAGAACCCCACCUUUACCUUGUUCCCGCCAGGUUCAUCUGGCCAUAGCUCGAUGGAGACUGAUGAUGCUGGGGGAAGCCGGUUCUACGCCUGGGAGGGUGACCGGUUUGCCCCAUACCCGUUGAUGCCGGUAGACUGCGAGACAAGCUGGCGGACCUCACAGCAGCAGUCCCACCAGAGCACAUCAGAGCCUACAUCUGCUCCAAGGAGGCUGUUUGGGCAAUGGCUCGCUGUCGGCAGGCCAUCCCCAUCACCCGAGGGGUCUUCGUAUCGUCAAUUGCACUCACCGCGGAUGUAGACCCUCGCCGCUGAAAGAAACGAUGGGAAGCCCAUUGUAUUAAGUUAAGCCGGGCUGUGCCGUGAAACUUUGGGACGAUGCUCGAGGGGACAGAAACUGGAAACGAUCCGGCUGAGGAUAUUUCGAUUUGGUUUAUGUGAAUUCCAUCUCGUACAUAUUUGAAAUCAAGUUGGGAUGCUGGGAGCUUCGAAUGUAACGUGAUUUCUUAUGCUGC